GGGUCUAGUUUAUAUAACGCUUAUGACCGAAGUGAGGUGGAAGAUAAAUUAGUUAUCAAAAUCGACCAAGAUGCUGUGAUUGACAUCGAUGUGUCGAAAGGGGAUAUGGAAACAGCUGAUGUCAAGGGACAAGAUGUAUUUAUCCGAAUCUAUCCUAGCAAGUGUAGUUACCAUAUUUUAUAUGCACCUGUUCUCCUUAUUGAUUACCAUGAACUCAAAGCAUUUACUGAAUUAGUAUAUACCUUAACCGGGGAAAAAUAUGGUAAGUUUAUUGAUCAGAAAUUAUCUGGUCAAAAUUUUAACCUUCGCCUUAUCGGUUCAGCAAAAAAAGGACGUGUGAAGCGUAUCCUUCAGUUUUCACUAGAUAAUGGGUGGAAUGAACUUGAUCACGUUAGAGUCCAACCACCCACUAGCUUAGGGCUUGAAGUAAGACCUCGAAUGCUUAGUACAGAAAAAAAUAAUAAUCUGCUAAGAAUAUCUGUGGGUCAGGAUGUAUUACAAAAAUUCGCAAAUCUAGUUUUGCAAAAAUAUUCUAACUAUCUUAGGGAUUGGACUAUCGAAGAAAAGGAAGAGACAAAAGAAAACUUCGUAUAUUUUAACCGAAAAGCUCCACUAGGAUGUCCACUCUGCAAACGUAUAUAUGACAAGGAUCAGUGGUGGUUCGGUCGUGUAUACGCUAAAAGUGGUGAAUUUAUCAUAAAAUGUUUUCGGCAAAAUAGUGAUGAGCGCGGGGAAGGUCUAGGAUUUCCUAAAGCUUUCGUAAAAAUGCCAUCUUGGGUCAAGUAUAAUGAAACCCUUACGGCUACAGAAAUAUAUAAGGAAAGAUAUGUAAGACCAUUACUCAAUGAAGGUGAUAUUUAUGUAGGGUCACCUUGGGAAACUGGAAAAAUCUAUGUUCUUGAAAAUCUCACUAUUUCUGAUAAUGUAAAUUUGCUUGUAUUAUCUACGCGUCAUUCUUACUCGAAUGCUGUUACUACAAGACUCAAUCUCAAAUCAUAUUGUGAUAUUAAUGAUAAUAUAAAUCUACUUGAUCACAAAAGGGUUGUGUGUCAGAUAGAGAGCUUACAUCGUAUUACUAAUAAUUGUAAAUCGGGGCAAUCAAUAGAGAAAUUAUAUAAACUAAUUCAAGAAGCGAGACGCAUUAUUGUUAUGGAUAAUGAUCUUACUGAUCUUAAUAUCGAAUGGAUUAAGGCUCUUCGUAAGGAUAAACCAUUCUCUAUUAUCCACAAUACUUAUCAACCCCAAAAAGCUAAGCAGAUGUCUUCAUUACCUUUUGAGAAUCGUAAAAGUGCAUCACUUAUUUGCCAUCUUAGAAAAGAUCUACAAGGAAUUGUUCAUGCUCUCAAGACUGAAUUUCCAGAAUUAAGGAUCAAGGAAUAUCACGGUAAAUCCGAUCCAAUGGAAAAAGCUCAAGAUUUCAGCAAUGUAGAAGAAUCAUGGAAAGACAUUGACCUAGUUGCUUAUACCAGCACUUUAAAAAUAGGAGUAUCCUGCACUAUUCCUAAGUUUGAGCGAGCAUUCUGUCUUUUUAAUAGCUACAUAGAAACAAAUGCUGGAACGAAUCAGAUGUUAUUCCGCAUGCGAUGCAUUAAAGAUUAUAUAUGCCAUAUUGAGCAGAGAUCUUCUAAUGUUCCAGUCACAGAGAAAGGAUUAUUCCAAUGGUUGUUGAAUGCCAAACGCGAAUGCCUCCCUCGUGAACUUCAGAAUAGAGGGAUUUUUCCAGAUGUAGAUUCUAUUAUACGGAAUAAAGAUAUGCCAACUAUUCGAUUGUGGGUAGCAUAUAUGUUAGAAAAUUUCCGUUCCCGAUGUUUAUUUGGUUGGAGGAUAGUUGAUUUUCUCCGAAAGGCAGGUAUGGUAGUUUCCACCAUAGAAUCUAUUCCUAAACCUGGUGAAAAUGAUACAUCGUUAUCUCAAGUUGUGAAGGUGAAUUCUGCUACCGUUAAAGCAGAGGAGAUAUCAGAAAUAACUAAUGCUAUUAUCCUCGAUCAUGAGACUGCUGAAUUAUUGGAAAAUAAGCCAAGAAAGACUUUGGAAGAAAUGCGCUCUUUAGACCGGGACCAUAUUGUGGAAUGCUAUCAGAUUCCACCCGAAUUACUAACCGAAGAUUUCAUUUCGGAGUAUGGGAAUUAUAAUCAUAUGAAAUGGUUCAGAGCUUAUAGACAAGUGCGAGAUGCCG